GCAGUUUUGUCUAAAAACGUAUUGAAAAUAGUUAUUAAUAGUUUGUGAACAUUAUAACCUCCCUAAAAGUGACUGGAAAAAUUAUAAAUUUACUUUUUGAGUAACUUGUGAUGAAGGAUACAAUCUCAGCUAAAUCAGAACGAUGACAAGGGAUCGUUACGAGGAGGAACCUCUCAUUGACAAUGAAAUGUACGAAGAGAAAUACAACUGGAACUUAUUCAAAAACACGCCCAGAGAAACAGUUUCAGGGUCUUUGGAACAGUCCAAAUAUAUCGAUGGAUCCAUAAAAUUUUUAAAAAUUACCACAAUAAUCGUUACCUUUCUUGUGGUAUUACUAACCGCUGUGAUUUCAAAAGGAUCCCUACUUUUUAUGACUUCGCAAAUAAGACCAAAUAUCACAAGAUUAUAUUGCAACAAAUACUUAGAUAAUCGGCAACAAUACAUAGUGAACCACCCUGUAGAAGAACGGACAGUAUGGAUAUGGUUGAUAAUUUUUUCAUAUUUAGUACCAGAAAUGGGAACUUUGUUCAGGUCUCUCAGAAUUGUUUGUUUUAAAUCGUGGAAAUAUCCUACAACAUUCGAGUUCAUAAUAUUAGCUUUGACGGAAAUUUUACCGACGAUCGGAAGUUGUUUGUUAGUAUUUAUCGUAUUUCCUGAACUUGAUGUAAUUAAAGCAGCAAUGUUGACGAAUGGAAUCUGUUUAGUACCUGGAGUUGUAGCAUUUAUCUCAAGAAAACCUUCAAAAGUUCGCCACACUCUAAGUUUAACAUUGGACAUAGCUGCCAUAGCUAUGCAGGUUACAGCUCUCUUAGCCUGGCCUAUUGUAGAACAAAAACCGAUUCUCUAUGUCAUUCCUGUGUCCCUGUGUUUAAUAUCAAUUGGUUGGUGGGAGAAUUUCGCUUCAGAAAAAUCUAUUUUUCCAUGGAUUGGUAAAUUGGCCAAAGAUAAAAAGGAAUUCAAAAAUGACUUUUAUUUUAUGUAUGCUAUAAUAACACCUAUAAAAUGUCUGAUUUUCUUUGUCACUGUGUUAGUUAUUACAUGGACCAGAGAAGGCGACGUAACAUUUAUGUUUGACAGAUUUUGGGACGCGUUUAAUGAUCACAGCUACAAUGUCACACAGAUUGAACCAAUAGUGGGUACAUCUCAUGUUAACUAUACUGAUGCUGUAUCAUCUAUAACUUCAAUUACUAUGGAAACCUCGUUUUGGACUCCCUUACUAGUGUUCCUAUUGAACAUUGGUACCACGUAUAUGUGUUACGCGUUUUCGAAAUUCGCGUGCAAAAUUAUGAUCCAAUCUCUCAGUUUAGCACUGCCAAUAACUCUAACAGUACCUGUUUUACUUACGGCACUAGUAUCAAUUUGUGGAAUGUACAAUGAGAGCGAGUGUGCUUAUGCAGACUCAAUUCCUAUGUAUCUCUUUUGGGAAACUCCGCCUUUGACGUAUUUGGAAGAUUUUGUUGGACAUCAACAUGCUUGGAUAUGGCUGGUUUGGUUACUAUCGCAAAGUUGGAUAACCAUACACAUUUGGGCCAACGACCAUGAUAAACUCAUGUCCACUGAAAAGUUAUUUUUUAAACCAAUGUAUGAUGCAUUUUUGAUUGAUCAAUCAGUUGCAAUGAAUAGAAGGAGAGAACAACUUAGUUUUAUUAAACUGGUAGACGCGCAUGAUCCCGAAGAUCUAAAUAUGGACAAGGAUAAAGUUACAAAAAUAUAUGCUUGCGGUACCAUGUGGCACGAAACUAAAGAAGAAAUGGUGGAAUUCUUGAAAUCAGUUUUGCGAUUGGAUGAAGACCAAUGUGCUCACAGAAUUGUUAGAGAAUACCUACAAUAUAAUAUGCCCAACUAUUACGAAUUUGAAACACAUAUUUUCUUUGACGAUGCAUUUAUCAGAACAAGUCAAGACGAUCCAGAUCCUAACGUCAACCAAUACGUUUUGGAUCUCAUAGACUCCGUCAGCGAAGCGGCAAGCAACGUUCACGAGAUCAAUGUUAAAAUCAAACCACCAAUAAUUUACUCUACACCAUACGGGGGUAGACUAGUUUGGACGCUACCGGGUAGAACUAAAAUGAUAGCUCACUUGAAAGACAAAGCAAAAAUUCGACCAAAGAAGAGAUGGUCUCAAGUUAUGUAUAUGUACUAUCUUCUUGGAUAUAGAAUAAUGGAUAACGAUCAAAAUACUGCAGGUAUGAUUAAGAAUAUGGCCAAGAACACAUAUAUUUUAGCUUUGGAUGGUGACAUAGAUUUUCAACCUGAAGCCGUUCAUCUUUUAGUAGAUUAUAUGAAAAAAAAUCAAGGUUUAGGUGCUGCGUGUGGUCGUAUUCAUCCAGUAGGUUCUGGAGCUAUGGCAUGGUAUCAAAUAUUCGAAUACGCUGUUGGUCAUUGGCUGCAGAAGGCAACAGAGCACGUGAUAGGUUGCGUACUUUGUAGUCCUGGUUGCUUCUCACUAUUUAGAGCAGGAGCUCUUAUGGACGACAACGUAAUGGCGAAAUAUACCACUGAAGCAAGUGAAGCCAGACAUUAUGUACAAUAUGAUCAAGGAGAAGAUCGUUGGUUGUGUACAUUAUUACUUCAACGAGGAUAUCGUGUGGAAUAUUCUGCAGCUUCGGAUGCUUAUACCCAUUGUCCUGAAGGUUUUAAUGAAUUCUAUAAUCAAAGAAGAAGAUGGAUGCCUUCCACUACGGCCAAUAUUAUGGAUCUGUUAACUGAUUACAAACAUAUUAUAAAAGUCAACGACAAUAUUUCUAUAUUCUAUAUUCUCUAUCAAGUUGUAUUGAUGAUAGGAACUGUCAUUGGACCUGGAACAAUAUUCCUUAUGUUAGUUGGAGCAUUUGUAGCAGCUUUUAAAAUUUCACAGUAUUAUAGUAUGGUUAUGAACACUGCACCAGUUUUACUAUUUAUUAUCAUUUGCGCAACAUGUAAAUCUGAUACACAGUUAUUCUUUGCCGGAUUGAUAAGUGCCGUUUAUGGUUUGGUCAUGAUGACAGUCUUUGUGGGUAUAAUGAUUCAAAUAGAACAAGAUGGUUGGAUGGCACCAUCCUCUCUCUUCUUAAUAGCCACAGCAGCCGAAUUUGUUAUCAGCGCUAUCAUGCAUCCGCAGGAAUUCUAUUGUUUGAAAUACGGCAUUAUUUACUACGUCACUGUACCCAGUAUGUACAUGUUGUUAGUUAUCUACUCCAUAUUCAAUAUGAACAAUGUAUCAUGGGGUACUCGAGAAGUUACUGUGGUGGUUAAACCCAAAGAGAACAAAGAUGAUAAAGGAAAACCUGCACCAGAAGCAAAACCAUCCCCGAAGCCAGCUCAAAAUGGCAUUAUGUCAUUCUUCGGUGACAAAAAAGACAACACUGGUUCUAUGGAGUUCUCUUUUGGUGGGCUUUUUAAAUUGAUGUGCUGUACUUACGACGGAAAAGGCGAAGAAAGGGAAAUUUUACGUAACAUUCACACUUCUCUGCAACAGGUGCAACAAAGGCUAAACAAUAUAGAGAGGAAUGGAUUAAAUUCCGAAUUCAUGGAACCGAGGAAAACCGCAAGAGGUACUGAACAUUUUAUAGGGAUGAAAGCAGCCAGAGCCUCUUUCAGACCUUCGACUAUUAAUCCUAACGUACCGGAAUCUGAAUCGUAUGCUGACGAAUUUGAAGACGAUGAAGAAUCAAACUUUACCCCAUCUGAUGAUGUAGAUGCUAAUAGUUGGUUUUACCAGGGAGCAUUGCUAUACAGUGAAGUGCAAUACUUAGACAGAAGGGAAAAGACAUUCUGGGAAAAAUUCAUACAAAAGUAUUUGUAUCCGCUGGAUGAAACUUCAAAAAAACAUAUAGUAGAAAAAGAUCUGAAGGAUCUCAGAGACAAGAUGGUGUUAACCUUUUUUAUGCUGAACGCACUUUUCGUAUUGGUUAUUUUUCUGCUUAAUCUACAACAAGAUAUUAUUCAUGUCAAUUGGCCUAUUGCACCGAAAAUUAAUUUCACUUUCAUUGAAGAUGUUAAUGAAAUCCUAAUUCAAGAAACUUAUCUGCAACUGCAACCAAUUGGUUUUGUAUUUCUUAUUUCUUUUGCAUUGUUGAUGGGCGUACAAUUCAUAGCGAUGUUUUUACAUCGUUUUGGAACUUUCUGCCAAAUUAUGUCGAACACUGACAUCGAUUUCAACAUUUUCGGCGGUGAUGACGUAGAAAACGUCACUGAAGAAACGUUACUGGAUAAGGAUCCCAUUAAAAUCUUUAAAAAAUUAAUCAGAUUGCAAGGACUAAACGUCGAAGAGCACGAAGCAGAUGAGAAUGAUGCACCGCAGGAAAAAGAUACACCGAUAGGAAGGCGAAAUACUGUUUAUUAUGCAGCCAUGAAAAGGGAAGAGAAAGCAAAACCGGCAAUUGAUGAUCUGGAUCAAGCUUUCUACAAAAGAAUGAGUCUUGUGAGAUCAGGAAAACUUAAAGAACAAAUUCCAAGGAAAACAAUUGCUAUGAUUGAAGGGCGAAGAACCACACUGUUUCACAGAAAAUCGCAAAUGUUUAAUCCUCUCGGAAAUGAAAGUGGAAUAACCUUUGAUCAUCCUAGGGAGUCAGCUGAAAUAACGAUAUAAAUAUAUAGAAUUAAUAUUAUUUGUGUAGCAUAACGUUUUUUAUUUUAAUUAAAAUUAAUUUACAAUUUAAUGAUACCUAAAACUUAUUUCCUUCAUUCAUAUUUCGUUUUUUUUUUACA